UUUUUUCCUUGCAGGCUCCGCCUUGAAGUACUCUUACUCGUUCAGUCAUUUACUCAUUCACUCAUUCACCUCGAGACUUAACUCCUUUCGCAUUACCCGGCUUUGUACACUUUUCUUUUGGAUCUCGAUCUCCAUUGACCACAUUCCACCAGACCUUCAUUCCGUUAGGGGUCUGUCGCAUUCCCUCAACUUCUCUGUCCGACUGCUCUGGUGCUUGUCGCAAUGGCCACAGCUACUGAUGAUGCCUUGACCAAGGUGUCCACUGAGGCCGCCACCGAGCUGAUCAACAGCUUCUACCCUGCGCUGAAGAACGACCGCAGUUCCAUCGCCUCCUUCUACCUGCCUACACCCACGAGUAUCCUCUUCAACGGCAAUACGGUUGCCGAUGGCGCCGCCGUACAGGAUAUCUUCCUGAACCAGAUGCCCGAGGCAUUCUACGAAGUGCAGUCCUUUGACUGCCAGAUCAUCAACCGCGCAUACCCGACCACGACCGCCACAGGCCUCAAGCCCACCUCCGAGAUGACCGUUAAGGACAUGUCUAUCCUCGUCAUGGCCAGUGGAAACGUGCGGUAUGGAGAGAACCGCGACUUGCUGCCGCGCGGGUUCAGCGAGACGUUCGUGCUGGUGCCAAACCCGAGCUCUGAUCGUAAGCGCCGGCGAGACUGGCUGAUUCAGAGCCAGAAUUUCCGUUUGGUUGUUUGAUUUUGCCGUUUGGUCGAAAUGGUGUGUGAUGGACUAAAGUGCCCAGCGUGGGUGAAUAUGAUAAUCAUGAGCUGUUACGAUAUUACGAGGAUGUAGAUCAGGUCGUCACAUAAAGUAAUGAGCGAGGGAGUAUCGAAUUGAUCAAAAUUCAUCUUUCAGUGAGAGAUCGGAAACCACAUUUUCGGCAGCAUCAAGACUGCGACGCUGCAGAUUGAGUUUUGCGUGGUAUACGCAGAUUUGCUUUGACUCUUUCUAACAAUUCAUCGCGUGUUGC